CCAUCAUACGUGUUUCUGCGAAUCACACAAGACCCCGUCCCAGGCAACGCACGACACGAGCACUCGCAAUUGAGGCUCGUUCCAUAUACGACUGAGGCUUCCACGAGGAUCAACUACCCUGCGUCUGUGUCAGCCAGUGGCGCAACCGGGGUAAUACUCACAACAACGCCGCUUCCAAGUCGCGCACGUCGAGCUUGCCUUGUACACCCACAACACCAACAACAAAUAUUCCUACCAUGACCGACUACGCGCAAUACCAACAGCCCCACCAUGGGCACGCGCCCGGGCACAUUCAGCCCUAUGGCGGCGCUCAGAACCCAGCUGCUGGGAACCCAUCGAUAACGUCACCCACACAACAGCAACAGAUGCACUCGUAUCAACAAACAUCGCCAAUCCUCCCAUCGCAGGGAUACGGCCAAGCCGGCGCGCAACACCAGCAACACCCCCAGCAAAUGAGCUACGCACAGCAAGGCUACAUGCCUGGCAUGCCCCAAGCGUACGGCAUGUCGCCAACACAAGCGGCAGCCAUGGCCACAGCUGCUGCUGCAGGUCCGGCGGGAGCAUAUGGAUAUGAUCAGAAUACGAUGCAUGGACAGCUUGCGCAAGAUCCCAGAGCAUCUCCGCGCAUGUCGGGAGGACAAUUGAAGCAAGACGGACGCGCCGCUCCGCGAUCGCCUACUGCUGUAUCAGCUGGUAUGGCUGGACCUCUUGCAUCCCAAGUCCAAAUGACACCCGGUCAGAUGCAACAACGCAGAAUGAGCACCCAGAUCAGCAGUCCUGCGAUGCAGCAACCUCAGCCCGUGAUGAGUCACGUAGGACCUCGUUCGUCUAUUUCCGUUCCACCCCAGAUGUCGGCGCCACCCCAACAUCAACAGUCGCCCGAGCUUGUAGCUGGAGCGCAGGCCGAGGAAGCCCCGCUCUACGUCAACGCCAAACAGUUUCACCGAAUCCUGAAGCGCCGUCUUGCAAGACAGAAGCUGGAGGAUGCCCUCCGUCUCACAUCAAAGGGCCGCAAGCCGUACCUGCACGAGUCAAGACACAACCAUGCCAUGCGCCGCCCGCGUGGACCUGGUGGUCGAUUCUUGACUGCCGAAGAAGUUGCUGCUAUGGAUGCUCAAGGCAAGGAUGGCGAGACCGACAACAAAGAGAACAACGCUGCGCCACCGGCGCCCAAAGCUAGGAGCGGUGGCCCCAAGCGCAAGGCUUCUCAAACUCAGCUGAAGGCCGGUCCACCCAAGAAGACCAAGGCCCAGCAGAGCAUCAGCGAGGAAGACGAGGAGGACGAGGACGAUGAUCUGGAGGAUGACGGUUGAAUACCUCAGCUCUCCAAACCCGAAUCACUUCGUGGAUCCUUCAACCUCUAAACCUUUUAAUCUCGACUUUUACACUUCUCAACACCCACCUUCUUGACGAUUUACGACAGCGAGUCUUUCGGGUCAA